AUGUCGAUUAAUAUCGUGAACGCUUCGAUAGAAAAACUCGUACUCAAUAUAACUAAAAAACAAAAACAAGCUUUAAGUAAUGACCAAUAUGGUUAUAAUAGAUUAGCCGAAAAAUUUCGGAUACACGCACAAGGAACCAAAGCAGAAUUUUUAGAAAAAUAUGUUUCUUCGCUUAUGCAACGUCCGACGGUAGAAGGGUCGAUUCAACCUGAUCAACCGCGUUUUAAAGUAUCUGAUAUACUUAACGAAGAACCGUUGACAGGCCCACAUUGGAUAAUUAAAACGGAUUACAAUGAAGAUGACGAUGAUGACGAUGGUGAUUGGGAUUUUGACGUGCAAGAGUGGAUCAGAGCAAGAUUAGGCGACAGAGCUACUAAUUUUCAAAAUGGCCGAAAUCAAAAUCUGAUUCCUGAGGCAUCACAUAAUGUAGUACAAAAAGACGAUGUGGAAGAAAUACCAGAUCAGGACUUAAAUUAUGAAAUUGUUCAGGAAUUGUUAUCUAACCAAUAUUGGAGGCCAAAUUACUGCAAUCAAUCGCAUUUAUUCGCACCAUCACUCGCGCAAUACCGUAGUCAAGAUAAAAGAUAUCUUUUUUAUGAUCCAACCAGACUAAAAUACAUCACAGAGCUUGAUGCUAUACGUGAGGUUUUGUUCAUGUUAUCUGGACGUCCGAGCUUUCUUUUUUGCAAAGAUACAAAUGGAAAAUUCCAAGUCCAGCUUAAUGCAAUACUAAUGCAUUUAACUGAAGGUGGAUUUAAAGCCUUGUUAGAAUAUUUUUGUGAACAUGGGAAUUUUUUGGCCAAGUUGAGAAUAGUUGCCACUAGGAUAUGUACAGAAUCUCGUCCAACUUAUGGACAAACUGCCCAGGCUUUUGCUGCAUCCAUCCUCAAGAUGGUUUGGAAAUUUGACACAUUAUUGGCUGGCAUAGAAUCAAAGUAUCGGAUUAAUAAUUCUGUAUCUCAAG